AUGGCGGCACUUCAGCAUGGUGGUAGGCUGGAUGUGACUGCCACCAAGGGCCAUGAGUUCGAAGACUACUUCUUGAAGCGCGAGCUGCUCAUGGGGAUCUACGAGAAGGGCUUCGAGAAGCCGUCCCCCAUCCAAGAGGAGUCCAUCCCCAUCGCGCUGACCGGGCGCGACAUCCUCGCGCGCGCCAAAAACGGCACCGGCAAGACCGCCGCCUUCUCCAUCCCCGUCCUCGAAAAGAUCGACCCCACUAAGAACGAGGUCCAAGCCAUGCUGCUGGUUCCCACGCGCGAGCUGGCGCUGCAGACGGCCCAGGUGUGCAAGGAGCUGGGCAAGCACCUGGCGGUUGACAUAAUGGUGACUACGGGCGGCACCAGCCUCAAGGAUGACAUCAUGCGGCUGUACCAGCCCGUGCACGUGGUGGUGGCCACCCCCGGCCGCAUCCUGGACCUGGCCAGCAAGGGCGUCUGCAAGCUCAACAACUGCCGCGUCCUGGUCAUGGACGAGGCCGACAAGCUGCUGUCCCCCGAGUUCCAGCCGCUGAUCGAGCAGCUGAUCUCCUUCCUGCCCGACGGCCGCCAAAUCAUGCUGUUCAGCGCGACCUUCCCGGUCACGGUCAAGCAGUUCAAGGAGAAGUUCCUGCGCAAGCCCUACAUCAUCAACCUGAUGGACGAGCUGACGCUCAAGGGCGUGACGCAGUACUACGCGUUUGUGGAGGAGAGGCAGAAGGUGCACUGCCUCAACACGCUCUUCUCCAAGUGUGUGUGCGUGUGA